GGCCGCCCGAGCCAAAAUGACAGCUCUCUCCUCUUGUCUCUGUGGGAAGUCGACACAGCUGGUUGAUUUCUGGACACUUCAAAAUGGAAAGGAAUACAACAUUAUUCAGAUAUUUGCAUGGAAUGUAAUGACUAUAUAUAUAGUUUCUGAAAUAUUAAUGUUUUUGUUGUAGUAUCCGGUUAAUGUCUUCACGUAAUUUGAGUUGACAGUGUCUGUUUAUAGGUAGCUUGUUUGGUUUUUGUCUAUAAGCUAUCAGCAAGCUAACUGUUAGCUACACGUUAGCGUUUACGAGAAGGCCAGACUUGUCUUUAUUUUCUGUCAUAAUUCACAUGAACUAGUUAGCUACCCCUUUUACACAGGGAAUAAAUUAGCUAUACAUACCGUCGUGUUUGCUCUGUUUUUUUGUUGUUUAUUUUCAAACUCUUGAUUCUCUUAAGAGAUCGCAUUUAUUUUUUUUGGGACAGUAAGGACGCAAGUCACGUUUUUUGUUUUGUUUUACUGUUUACUACUCUUAGUUUCCUACCUUUUGGCUCUCGGACACUUUGUUGAUCUUUAUUUUAUAUAUUUUGAAAUAUCUGGUCAAAUUGCUUUUUCCCCCCACCAUGUUUCUGAUAGGCGGUGUGUUGCUUUGGGCCAGUUUCUACGGUACAAAACUCUGAAAAAACAAACCAACAAAACAAGUGAUUUCAGUCCAUUAGACAACUCACAAUCAGCAUGUUUUUUUGUUGUUCUUCCCCUUCCGACGCGUUAGAUAUUAACAUUUAGUUCCAUUUAAAAACUCAGCGACUUUCAUUGAACACUUGCUCUGUCAUUUUUGGGACAGCUUGUUGUAAUUGAGUUCCCUCUACAUGUGAUCAGUUUAGUGUCUGGGUCCCUUUUCGUUUCCACCAUGUCUUGUGUACAUUAUAAAUUCUCAUCUAAACUCAACUACGACACGGUCACUUUCGAUGGCCUGAACAUCACUCUGGCCGACCUGAAAAGACAGAUUAUGGGUCGAGAGAGACUCAAAGCUGUCGACUGCGGCCUACAAAUCACCAACGCACAAACUAAAGAAGAAUACAAAGACGACGAGGCCCUGAUAUCCAAGAACUCCUCUGUCAUCAUCAGAAGAAUACCCAUCGGAGGAGUCAAGGCUUCAAGCAAGAUGUAUAACAUUGAGCGUUUUUCAGAACCGAAUCACUUCCCCGUUCAGAACCUCCCGGUCGGAUCCUCCAGAGGAGAUCGUUCUUCAGAACACAGUCACUUUUCCAUCGGAUCCUCUAAAGGGAUUGAUGAUCAUGCUUCAUCUAUAUCACUGGCCCAACUUUCAAAGACGGCGAACCUGGCAGAGGCCAACGCAUCGGAGGACGACAAGAUCAGAGCCAUGAUGUCACAGUCCAAUCACGACUACGACCCCAUACAUUAUGUGAAGAAGUUGACGGGUCCCCCUCCAGCCAACUACACCUGUUAUCGCUGUGGCAAGAACGGACAUCACAUCAGGAACUGUCCUACUAACGGGAAGGAUAAAGGGUUUGAGCCGCCCCAGAGGAUCAAGAAGAGUACCGGCAUCCCCCGUUCCUUCAUGAAGGAAGUGGACGACCCGUCUAUAAAGGGAGCCAUGUUGACCAACACCGGCCACUACGCCAUCCCUACGAUAGACGC